UAAAUGGACAAUUGUUACACCUUCUGUGAUUGUAUGGGAAAUUGCAGUGGGAGUGUGGGGUGCAGUUGGGAGUGGGGAAGGAGUUGACCAUGGUGUCCUGGAGGGAAUGGUUCCUGUGAAAUACCGACAAGGGGAGGAAGGAGAAUAUAUGUCUGGUGGUGACAUGUGGCUGGGGGUGGUGGAAAUGGCGCCUUAUGAUACUUUGUAUACGGGUGUAGGUGGGUGGUAACUGAGGACGAGGGUGAUCUUAUCGCUAUUGUGAAAGGGAAGGGAAGGGCUGAGGGCAGAAGUGCAGGAACUGGAUCAGACACAGCUAAGGGACCUGUUAAUCCCAGUGGUGGGGAAUCAUAUGUAGAGGAAAGGGUGGGAAUUUCUGCAGAAGGUGGCAUCAUCAGAACAGAUGCAAUGGAAAUGGAGAAACUGGGAGAAUUUGAUGGAGUCCUUACAGGAGGUAGGAUGUGAGGAUGUAACCUCCAGGUAACUGUGGGAGCCGCUUGACUUUUAGUGGAUAUUGGUGCCAGCCUAUCCCCAGGAAUGUAAACAGAGAUGUCGAGGCAGGGAAGGGAGGAGUCAGAGAUGGACCAGAUGAAGGUGAGAGCAUGGUGGAAAUUGGAAGUAAAAUUGAUAAAUUUUCCCAAUUCUAAACGAGAGAAGGAAGCAGCACCAAAGAUGUCAUCGAUUUACCGGAGAAAGAGUUCUGGGGAAUGACCCAAGCAGGACUAGAACAAAGAAUGUUCCACAGACCCACAGAGACAGGCAUAACUAGGACCCACCUAUCCACUCACUCCUCCUCCUUCCCUGCCCACUGUGGUCAGAAUAAAUACCACCUUUUCCUAGCUACUGUCAGUUCUGAACAAAGAUCACUGGACUUGAAAUGUUAACUCUGCUUUCUGUUCAUAGAUGUUGCCAGAUCUGCUGAGUUUCUCGAACAAAUUUGUUUUUGUUUCAGAUAAUCUGUGCUUGCUAGAGUGAGGUUAUUCCUCGCACUGUUUCUAGAGAAAUUCUCUCAUUCAGUGACAUGUUCCUACCCAAGCUCAGUAGGUGAGGGAAUUGAUCAACGUUUCCUCUAAGCUGCACGUGCAUAGCGGCUCCAACCUUCUGAGCAUGGCAGUCAGCACCAGCAUGUCUUGUCACAUCCUUAUCUUGCCAACUCCACUCUCUCCUGGUAACUCUUUCUGGGUAACUGCCUGUCCUGCAAUCUCUGUAGUUUAAAUGGACUUUGGUCCAGUGUUGAUCGAGUGCUGUUCUCUCUGUUGGUGUCUACAGAUUCUCCUGAUAAGUUCAUCCUUGUGAGAAAGCACUGAGUUUCUAACCCAGGGAGACUGGAAACACGUAUUUCUGAAAUGAACUCAGGGCCAUCAACACAUGACUGACCUGUUCGGGUAUCUCUGCAGGGAUUUGGUUUAAGUAAAAGUUCAGCGCUCAAUGUGAAUCAAUUGUUGUCAUCUUGCUUUCUCCCCUUUCAUCUCCAGGUCAGAAGGAACAGCAACAAAUGAUUGGCUUUCUCCUGAGUUGUGGAAAUGUUUGUGAAAGAUCAUUCUGUUCUGAUUUGUUGCUGUGAUGUUCUCACAAAAUGGAUGAAGUGGCAAGUUGGAAUGAUCCUAGAAAUUGUGGCUGGAAUCCCAACGGAGAAAUUGGUGGAAGCUCAUGGAACAUUCGCCACAGCAACGUGUACUGUGUGCAUGGAGAACUUCUCCUGGGAACAGCUGAGGGGAGAUGUCAUGGAAAGGAAGGUGCCUCACUGCCCUUCCUGCUUUGGGGUCAUUAAACCCGACAUUAUCUUUUUCGGGGAACAGCUGCCUGUAAAGUUCCACCAGUACAUCAUUGAUUUGCCUUUGGCAGACCUGCUCAUCAUCCUGGGGACAUCACUUGAGGUGGAGCCAUUUGCAAGUUUGUCGGAGAUGGUGAGGGAAUCUGUUCCUCGUGUCCUCUUCAACCAAGAUUUGGUGGGAUCAGUCACUCGGAAUCCACUGAGAACCAAUGAUGUUGUGGAACUGGGAGAUAUUGUAACAGGAGUGAAGAAAUUUUCCGAGAUGUUGGGAUGGCAUGAGGAAGUGAAUAACCUGCUCGCUACAGAGCAUGAAAAGCUGGACAGGGAUAUCAUUCAGCAUUCAGAGUGAAUUGAUGCCUUGUGAAGAGGAUUCCCUUACAAGCUCUUUGAAAUAAAAUAAUCCUGGAAUUUUGAAGUUUUUAUUAUGAAUUCAGCUUCUCUGCAGAGUAAGAUCCAGAAAUUGCCUACUUCUGAGUAUUUUCUAUAGACACUUCUUGGAAUUGAUUAAAUCCCUUCAGUCUUAACUGAACGUUUGGAAAGUCUGAGGCCAAGAUCAGUAAGGCAGGAAGUAGCAGAAUGGAAUUGAGAUCCCUCUUAGAUUUCGACCUCAAAGUAAAUUUAAAAAAAGUCUGUAAAUAAACCAUUGGAUUCCAGCUGAUCAGA